AUGGAGACCAUCCACUACCCCCAUUUCCCCCCUCACCUCUCUCGAGCAUACAUCGCGCUAUUCACGUCCGUAACCAAUGCAGGGGCCCUUCGAUCCCGCAUCAUCAACGCCGCAACCCUGGAGGGUAUCGAAGGUGACCGCGAGCGGGAGGCGGUCAACUUUGCGUUCGUAGAUGCACGUCUUAUCACGAGUGAGCUGCACAUCAAGACGGCGGUGUACCAAGCUAUCCUAGCGGAGGCGCUGGGCGCCCUGCGUACGAAGACCGUACAUUCAGAGAUCCUCUGGGCGCUAAACCCCAGCAAUAAUAUCUCUGAAGCAAUCAGACGAUACGGCGUCUCGGACGCCUGCACGUCCUUGCUAGUGAUCAGAAUCGACUCUCCUGAGCUUCAAGGUGUCCAGGAGAAGAUGGAGGCUGUUGUGUCCGGCCAGAUGGUACCACUGGCUCACCUGAGCAGUUUGGUCGAUUGGGCGAGCGUUAAGAAAUAUAACAAGCUGAAUCAGGAGGUAGCUAUCAAAGCUGCCAGUGGUGAUCCGGAGAGAGAACAUAGUGUCAUAGAUAACAUCGUCGUGAGUUCCGUAGCAAUGAAAAGCGUCAUG